AUGGUAGCGGGUUAUCAGUUUGCUCAGCUGCUUCCGACCGUAAGACAAAGACCAGGUGGAGGCAGCCUGCUCGUGCUUGGAAAUGCCAAUGUCGACGAAUCUCUCCGUGGCUACUACACGCGCUACGACUGCUCUUCAGCAGAUAUCAAUCCCCUAGGGUCCAAUUUUGACUUGCCAGUAUUGAAGCACUACUUCAUAGAGGCGACGCCUACCGCAGAGUCGGAGCCUAUCACGAAAAAUUAUGUUCAAUCUGACGAAAUAGAUAUGGGCAUGACCUAUGAUGAGCUCAGCAAGUUUGGAUUUUACGAAAGAUAG